AUGGCCCCUCCGCAAUACAUUAUCAACACUCAUAUUUUUGGCGAGACCUAUGACAACGAAGAAGUUGGUUUUCUGUUUAGAAACACUGAGGUUAAACGAUUUUGUUUAAGCAGAAAAGCAAAUUUCAGUUACUUCAAAGGGAGAUUAGAGACGAAGCUUGCAAUGGGUGGUGUAUCCCAGAUAUUUUACCAAUAUCGAUUUCUUCGUGGAGACAACCCGGUCAAGUUUAUCCAAGUUGAGAUCAAAGACGAUGAAGACAUGCAGAAUAUGUUUGCCAAUCAUGAGUAUUCUGGUUACGAAUGCAUAGAACUGUAUGUUACUCUACCAGAAGUUCAAACCACACAAAUGGUUGAGUCACAAGUCAUUGAUGCACUUGGAGACGAGCAAGCAGAGGUCGACGUUGUAGAUGAAGAAGAAGAAGCACCGGAAAUAGAAGUUGAUAACCUGGUAAACGAGGAAAGUGAAGAUGAACCGGAAGUUGUUGUACCACGAGAUCAAGUGCAUAUGCCUCCAGUGUACAUGAGGAACCUGAAUUUUGAUGGGGAUGACGAACCAUCGACUGAUAUUUUCUAUGAUCCAUACACCCAAACAGAUCAACGGUUAAAAGUAGGAGACAGAUUUCGUUCUAAGGAGGCAUGUAUCAUGGCCAUAAAAAGAUUUCAUAUGGCAAACAAUGUUGAUUUUAGAGUUGAUCGCGCCAAUGUCGAAAGGUACAAAAUUUACUGUAGUAACACUGAUUGUGGAUUCAGGUUGCAUGCAUCAUACAGGAAGAGAAGUGACUCAUGGGUUAUAGGAUAUAUUUCCCAAGAUCACACAUGUAUUAACACAAAUGUUUCACAAGAUCACCGUAAGCUCAGUUAUGACAUCAUUUGUCAAGAAAUCUUGCCUCUAGUUGAAAAAGAUCCAUCGUUAAAGGUGAAAACGAUAAUCUCUCAUAUUGUUGCAACGUACAACUACACUCCGUCUUAUAGAAAGGCGUGGCUGGCGAAGACCAAGGCGAUCGAAGUUGUGUAUGGAAAUUGGGAGGAUUCGUAUAAACGACUCCCACAUUUCUUAUAUGCGCUUCAAAUUUAUGCUCCUGGAACUGUUACUAUUUUAGAGACCCUUCCGGCGCAAUCUCCAGACGGAACAUCACUUCAAGGAAAUGCAGAUGGGUUGACAGUCUUGCUAGAGAGAAAUGGACCAGAUCAUACGACAACGGGAAGCGAUGGGGGCACAUGA